AUGAAUUACGCUCUAGACAUCUCAAAAGUAGCCAACGAUGCGCUUCACACCCACGAGAUCAUCCCAGACGUUGUGAAGAGCAGCGAUUUUAAGCCCUGGGGUCUUUUGGCCGCUGAAUACUCAGCUAGUGCGCCUGUAGCGAUGGGAAAUACAUUGACCGUGGACGAGACCCAGCUCAAGCCCAAAAUUCACUUCACUUUGGACCCAAAGUCAGAAUUUAAGAUCAAAGACUCAGAUUUGUUCACGUUGGUCAUCACAGACCCAGAUGCCCCUUCAAGACAUGAUAAGAAAUGGAGCGAGUACGCCCACUACGUCGAAACGGACAUCAGACUGCCCUUCGAGUACCAACAUGGCACCAGCUCGCCAGUUCCUGACUUUGUGGCGUCGCAAUUGACGAACGGUAAGACUUUUCUCGAGUAUCUAGGUCCUGCUCCUCCCAGCGGAACCGGUAAGCACCGCUACGUGUUCUUGCUGUACAAACAACCUGGAGACUCCUCUUCCUUCACGAAAAUCGUUGACAGACCAAACUGGGGAUUUGGCACUCCUGCUACCGGAGCUGAUAAGUGGGCCACCGAAAAUCACCUCCAAUUGAUCGCCGCUAACUUCUUCCACGCUGAGAACAAGUAA